CAGCUGUUGGAGCUGUUACCGUUGCCUGUCGUCUUAGGAGUUGACUGUUUAUAAUUACCUAAUCGUAAAUUAUAAUCAAAACUGAUGUCUUGGCUGAUCAGCGGGUUACAAAAACUGUGUAGCGUAGGACCUCUCGCUAGUAAACCACAGCCUUUGGCACUGACUUGUUACAAAACAGUGCGUCAGCUUUCGCAUGCCGAGAAACGGGCGCGCGGCCGCACGGUGCGUCGCUAUGGCUACAAAGAGAAGCUGUUCCAGAGUGGUCUGCUACCGCAUUUGGAUAAUGGACAGAAGCUGCCCUUACCCGUGUAUAGGCCCAAAAAUCCGUGGUCUGAAAAGCGGGCGCUUUUCGGCCAAAAUGACUUUAUAGACAUAUUGGGCAACGACCGGCUUCAUCCCACACGUGUGCUAUACUCGGUGCCUUCCUGGUUGCGCGGCGUCUCGGGCAAUGAAUACCAAGUGCUGUUGCGCAAGCGUCGAAUGCUGGAGAAGACCAAGUACCCGAUUGCCCGGCCUACCAAGUGGAAAGAUUUGCAGAAGCGCAUUUUGUAUUUAUACAGAUUCCUCAAUCGAAAGACAAAAACCGGAUACUCUACGCAAUAAUCUUACAAAUUAAUAAUCCUGAUACAUCGUAUAUGUUGAAUAAAGUCGUUCUUUUUAUUUGAG